CUGUCAACAUUGACAGGUCUCCGUGCAGUGUGGAAACAUUGCAAUAUCUUUCACACCACGCGGUGUGGCGUGCAAAUCAGCGAAACACAUUUCCACACACACACACGACCACAGAUACAAAAGAAGGCGGAAGACAGAACCCCUUUCGUCCCCCACCUACCCACACACACACACAGUCAACACAAAACUUGCAGACAUGGCUGCACUCUUGACCAGGAUUGGCUGGAUUGGUGCCGGCAUUGCCUUUGGCGGCGCCGUCAUCCAGGGCGCGCUCUACGAUGUCGACGGUGGCCACCGCGCAGUCAUCUUCGAUCAGUUCCGUGGUGUGUCUGAGAUUGUGAGGCCCGAGGGCACCCACUUUAUGAUUCCCGUUGUGCAGCGCCCCAUCAUCUACGACGUGCGCAGCCAGCCCCGCAACAUCCCCGUCACCACACCAAGCAAAGAUUUGCAGAACGUCAACAUCACACUCCGUAUCCUCUACAGGCCGGAGGUCAAGUCUCUCCCUUGGAUCUUCAAGAACUACGGUACCGAUUACGCAGAGCGUGUGCUUCCCUCCAUUGGUCACGAAAUCCUCAAGGCCGUUGUGGCCCAGCACGAUGCGGCUGAGCUGAUUACGCAGCGUGAGAUUGUGUCGAUGAAGUGCCGCGAGGCCCUCAACUCGCGCGCCCGCGACUUCCACAUCAUCCUGGACGACAUCUCCAUCACCCACCUCACCUUUGGCCACGAGUUCACCCACGCCGUCGAGCUGAAGCAGGUUGCGCAGCAGGAGGCGGAGCGCGCCCGCUUCCUUGUCGAGCGCGCAGAGCAGGAGAAGAUUGCAAACAUCAUCCGCGCCGAGGGUGACUCCAAGGCGGCCAAGCUGAUCAGCAACGCCCUGCAGGAGCACGGCACCGGUCUCAUCGAGCUCAGGAAGAUUGAGGCUGCCAAGGACAUUGCUGGCACGCUGUCGCGAUCAAGGAACGUGGCGUACCUCCCCGGCGGCAAGAACCUCCUCCUCAACAUGAACGUCUAAGCCGCAUGGAUGGACAGCGCACACACGCACUGGCUGCAUGCUGCGCCUGUUUCGGUUCCUUGGUGUCGAGAAUGGCGAUGUUUGCUCUCUUCGAUGUGGCCAUUCCACAUGGUUCCCUCGUGCACGUGUGUGCUGUGUACAUGUGUUUGUGUGUCGUGUGUAUUGUGUACACGUGUGUUUGUGUGUUUGUGUACACGUGUGUGUGUGUGUGUGUGCUGUAUCGUGUUUGUGCACAUGGCUGCGUGUGUGCUGAGUUUUCCCUCAGGUGUCAGACGAAACAGAUGGAAAAUGCGUUGUGCGCUGGCAAAGGCGAAUGUGGUUGUUGUGAUGACGUGGCUGUGACUGUUCAUUUACUCGAGGUGCGUGUUGGCGUGUAGAGCAACAACAAGCGCAUCACAAUGUGUGUAUCACCGUGUGGUUUUGAAGUGUGUGUUCUGUGUCAAUCAAGUGUGAGACCCAACAAAUACAGAGUGCCAG